AUUAAACUGAAAGAGGAAGUAAAUCGUCGGUAAUAUAGGUUUACAAAGAAAUAAAACAAUAAAAAUAGUAUUUUUGGCUACUGAAACUUGCCCAGAAGAGGAAAAUAUGUCACAAGAGGAAGGGAAAUUUACAGACAAUAGCAAGGACUUUGGACUAGAUGAUGAACAACAACAGACUGUAUCAAUGGAAUCGACAGACAACACCGAAUUUCAAGGACAUUCUGAGAGCGCCAUUGUAAAAUCACAAGAGCAACCGAAGCAACAAGAAGAGCGAACGAAGCAACAAGAAGAUUGCAAAGAAAAUGACAAAAAGACCGGGAAAAAGAAUUCACAAAAAGACAGGUAUAAAGCGCAAAUUGCAGACCUUAAAAAGGAGAAAAAAAGCCUUGAAGAACAGUUAGAAGAAGCUAAGAGAAUCAAACCAGGGCAAGAACCAUGUGAUUGCAUCACAAGCUCACUGAGUCUUCAAGAAAAACUCAAGGCUCAGUUAGAAAAUGAACGGAGUGAUUACUUAAAACAGAUAGAAAUGAUGUCUCGGGAGAAAAGAACCGCACAACAAACACAAAAUGAUCUACAUGGCGAAAUUGAUAAAUUAAAGAGGGAAACUGGAAAACUCAGCAAAGAAAUUUCAGAAUUGAAGACCGAAGUAUCCAAACUUAGCGAGGAGAAAAGGGAAUCCGCGGUGAAGUUAACAGCAAAAGAACAAGAAGUAAAACGUGUCCAGGAAAAAUAUAAAAUAGAAAAAGAUCAAUUUGAAAAGUUGAUUCAGAAACAAGAUAAGAAAAUACAAGGUCUUACAAAGGACAGCGACAAAAAAGAUGCUAUGUUGGAUGAACAUGUGAGGAAUAUUGGACAUUUAGAAUAUCGCCUGAAGAAUUUGCAACAGACGAUCGAAACUUUGCGCAGCAAAAAUGUCAGUCAGUCAGAAACGAUUACAACCCUUAAUCAAGAGAAAGAAGUACUCCAUAAGGAAAAGAAAAGUCUUCUGAUGAGACUAAGCAGAUGUGCAGGAGAUAAUUUGACAUACCAGAAUCCAAGCAUAGCCGAUCUCAGUGAUGAAAAAAGACCUACAAAGUUAGCCGAGGAAUUCUCCGAAUUAUACGAUAAUGAAUGGACAGAUGCCUUUGAGAAAGUAAACAUUGAGGAUGAUCAAGGGAUAACAACAUUUAUGUUACAAUUAUUAAAGCGGGCCAAUGAACUAUGCAACGAGGUAUCGGAAAAUCAUGCUGAAUCUAUCAAAAGGAGUUUAUCUUCGAUAACUGUUAAAUCACACGCACCACAGGGACAUUUAAAUGGCAGAAUUUCUCUCAACACACGGCUGAAUCUAGGAACAGCUUCAAAGACAGAACCAGAUGUAAUUCAGGUAGCCCAUUUGGAAGCUGUCAAAGAUUUAGGUAAACAGAAAAAUGGAACUAGAAAUGAAGAAGCAGACUCCAGUGAAUGGAAUGAUAACAACAUAACGGAUACUGCUGGUAGAGGUGUUGGAAAUGUACAUGGACCAGCCUUCGCACAAAAUACCGAACCAGAUGUUGAUCAAGCGCCCCGUUUUGUAGCUGACAUGGACGGAUAUAUUCUAGAAAUUAAAACCAACAAUAGGGAUAUAGACACUGCAAAUAAUACCGAAUCGCUAAAUGAAUCAGGCGAAAAUGAACGACGGGAAGAAAUAGCCACUUCCAAUGCGCAGGUAUUAAUAUUUAAACAGAGUCAGGAAAGAAACGACGAUGAAGAACCAAAGCGAAAGAGGAUGAGACUUGAAUCAGACUUCGAACUGCUCCAAAAGGAACAAAAGAAAACCAUUAUGGAAGCAAGGAAGUUUUUUGAAGUACAACUUUCAGAAGAAGUGGAAAGGGCCGGAAGUGACAUCAUUGUACAGGAACUAGGUAUUGAUCAGCAGAAACAAGGGACUGUUGUUUCGUAUAUUAAGAAGUGCAUGGACAUUUGCUGGUCAAUGUGCAGACAUGAACCACCCGUGUAUGUUGAAUUUAUAGAUGUGGGUGACGACAUUCCUUUCGAUACAAACAAAUACAAACCAUACACAAAAUCGGGGAAACUUCUGGAUUAUAUUGUAUGGCCGGCAGUUUAUCUUCAUAAGGAUGGGCCCAUGCUAGCAAAAGGAGUAGCUCAAGGAAAAGCAUGAGAACCGAAAAUGAAAAUAGUUGACACUGGCAAAACACGUAAUAAUUCGCUAUUAUGAUUUAACGCUCAUUCAUAUUAAUUUGAUGUUGUAAUUCUAUUGUCUCAAUAAGUUUGGAGUGCUCAGAUAUAUAACACCCUUUAAUCAAUAGCAGCAGUGAAACUAGAUUGACCGUGUGUUAUUUGAACGGACAUGUCUUGAGUUGUUUACGUUCAUUUUAUGCAAGUACAUGUGCGCUUGAAGUUUACACAUAUUAUAUACAAGAAUUUGUUUGAUGUUAAAGACUUGCUUCAAAUUUACAUGUUUCAUAAUAAAACAUGUGCAUCUGUCUUUAGUAUUUUUAUAAGUAUAAAUUUUCUGAAUUAGGGCAAAGUGAAAAGCUACAUAAUGCAUUCAGAUACAAUCGCAUCCCACGUGACACUUUGAUACCGUACACAAUGGGUUAAUCGCUCGAUUCAUGCAUUUUUGUUUGGAAUUUCCUUGUUACUGUGUCAAAGACAAAAAACGAGUGCUUUCUUCGUCUUAACACGUCUGUUAUUCUUAAUCAAUACGGUCUCUAAACGAAUUCGCCCGGAAUCCAGUGUGCACGGUACCUACACAUUUGGUUCAUAAAAAAAAACAUUUUGGCAAGUAUCAAGGAUUUCUGACAAAUGCUUUUUGAUGAGAAAAUCAACUAUUGUCCUGUCUUCGAUGCAUUUUAUAAAAAUCUGUGAAGUAGUAAGGAAAUCAACAGCUAUCAAAGUGGCAGCACCCUCAGCUGCAGAAAUAAGUGAAAAUGACAGAAAGCUAUUUCUUUAAUACUUGAAAACUUGAAACUUUGUCUCACAACCCGGGUUUGUAAAAUGACGUUUGAUGCCAUAAAUGACGUCACAACGAACUAUAUUUAUGUAGUAGGUUCUUGUAUUUUUUCAUGUAUAACAGGACAAAAUCAAAUAAACGGAUAGUUGCGCUG